AGAACAAUUAGUUCAGGACUCGGACAACGAAAGUAGAUGUUCACACGUGCUAAGGCACUACGUGGGUCGAAAUAGUGCAAGACAUGGCAUUCAGUUUCAACUUCGAUAUUCCUUUACGGACAGAAGAAACAAACGAUAAAGAAAACAAAGACGACAAAGCAAAAGAUGUGGAUCUUAAGUGCUCGGAAGCCAGUGCAACCAUCUCAAAGAAGAUUAAAGAUGCUGUGGAGCACCAACUUUUGUUGGAUCCUCUGUCCCACAUUGAGAACUGGGUGCCUGAAACCAUCACCAUAGGUGCUCUGCCUCCCCUUCUCUGUCUCAACGAAUCAGUGUUUGAGAAGACUGCUCCUGAACGAGAGGACAGUGAGGAGAUACUGGCCAAAACACUGACUCAAAACUCUGACCUCAUCUCUGGAGUCUAUGAGGGUGGACUUAAGAUAUGGGAAUGCACUUAUGACCUUCUUGAGUACAUUGAUGAUGCAGGAGAGACCUUCGCUGGGAAAAGAGUGUUAGACUUGGGCUGUGGAGCAGGUCUACUUGGCAUACUUGCAUUGAAGAGAGGAGCCACCAAAGUUGACUUCCAGGAUUAUAACAGCACUGUGAUUGUGCAGUUAACAGUGCCAAAUGUCUUUCUCAAUUGUGAAGAAGAUGAUGAGAACAAAGAGAAAAAUAGCAGCCCACCGUCUAAGAGGAAAGCCCCCCUGAAUGCAUCAGAGAAGUUACUAGAUCGUUGUGGUUUCUUCUCGGGCGACUGGAAUUCUUUUCUCAGACUUAUGCAAAAUAAAACACCAUUGCCGAAAUAUGACAUUAUCUUCACAUCAGAAACCAUAUACAACACAGACUACUACUCUUCACUUCAUAAUGUGUUUUGUGACCUGCUUGAUGAGAAUGGUAUUGUUUAUUUGGCAACCAAAUCUCACUAUUUUGGAGUAGGAGGUGGCCUUCAUCUGUUUGAGAAGUUUGUGGAGCAGAAUAAUGUCUUUCAAAUCAGAUAUUUGAAGGAUGUGGAACAAGGCCUGAAGAGACAUGUUGUAUCAUUGACAUUCAAAAAGUGACAUUCAAAUUUUAUUAAUGUGCCUGUGCUAUUAUGGUGCAAGUUAACAUAAGAUAAUGGAUGCUCAUUCCUUUUAGGCCAGAAGGAUUGACUAUGGGAUCCUAAAUUGUGCUUGGUGUAAGCAACUAAUGUUAAAACAGCAAGUGCACAAUCACUGAAACAGGAGCUUGGUGAAACAACAGAUUUGUUAGUUAAAGUCAAUGUUCAAUCUGCAAUAAAGCCCAGCAAAACCAUCAUCAACAAGACAAGAAUUGACAUAAGUUUACAUGUACCACCCCAUAUCUCUACAAUUUAUUAAAC